GGUCUAAUUCCCAGGUCAGUUAUAACACUUUUUAAUUUUUUUUAACCGAGGAGAACAACACACAUCGACUUUCGCAGCUCAGAGCGUACGCAGCAGCAUGGCGGACGACGGUCCUGCGGCUUCCCUGCCGUCCCCUGCGGCCUCAUCGCCGCAGUCCUCCAUCCAGACGCCGCCAGACUCGCCUCGAGACGUCGCAGAAUCUGCGGCUUUCACUCCAGCCAACGACUCACUGCACCUGCGACUCAAGACUCUGGACGAGCGUGUGUUCGACGUGGAGGCCGCUUUGUCCAUGUCAGUGGCUGAUUUCCGGACCAAAGUGGCACUGGCCACGUCCGUUCCAGCGCCGAGACAGAGGCUGAUCUACCGCGGCAAGCUGCUUAAGGAUGGUGUCGCACUAGCUGCCUAUGACCUGCAGGACGGCCACACGGUACACCUGGUGGCCAAGCCCCCGGCCAACACGGCCACAAGCAGCACUACACAGACGACCAAUGAGGCCACGCGGCCACGCGAGGUGAACGGAUCGGCUUGGAACUUGGCCAAUCUGCGCUCGGCUCUCAGACGGACUGGGGCCACGACAACUACGCAGCCGUUACCGAUGCUGCGGGAGAUUCUGGACGAGAUGGCCGAGUCUCCACAGGAGACGGCCGAGGGCAUGGGACUUGGUGGCCUGAGUGGCCCGAGACCACAAGAGCAGGCCACGUCGGCCGUCGACUUGGAGCCCAUCACACAGGGCAUUCUGACCAUGCGGACAGUGUUGUCGACUGCGGCUCAGGAGCAGGACGAGCAGGAGGACGAGAGAGUUGAAGAGGACGCGCAGGUGGAUCAACCGACAGAGGGUCAGGCAACGACGCGACGUGGCCCCCGACAAUUCUUCGUAGGGCAGUGGCUGGACGUUAAGGACACAGUGAAUCAGUGGCUUGAGUCCACUGUGAUGGCCAUCGCCGACGGGAAAGUGCUGAUCCAUUACCAUGGCUGGCCCACUAGAUGGGACGAGUGGAUCGACGUCGAUUCGGAUCGCAUCGCCGCAUUUCGCACUCGUACACUUCACACACAAAACACACAGCGGAUGUCGCCUAUUCCUACAACGAGAGUGCCCAGUGCACCGCGCGUGGGUGACAACGAUGUACGUCGAAUGGUGGUAGAUGUGCACAAUUUGAUGCGAGAAAUGAUGCCACACAUUGACCGUCUUGCCGGCCUGUGCGAAGAGGAUCUGAGACGAGAGCAGGAGCGCGGCGAAGCCCACAACGAAGUAGAAUCAGGCAACAUUACUGCCGGUCAUUCAGGGCCGGAUGAGCCAACAACACUGGAACAGGGCCAGGCUCAUGAGAGCGAGGUAUCCGAGGUGGCCCACAUGGUGGCUCCUCUUUUCGAUCGAUUCGGACGGUUGUUGAUGGACUCAGCUCGAUAUUUCGACCCCUUGCUGCGUCCAGAGCUGCGAGAAGCCUCACAACGUCAACAAGAGCGACACUCAACGGCCUUACGUCGUGGCCAUGGAGGCUCAGCACAACGACAAGCUGCCAGUGUCUCGGCCUCGAUGGAAGCUCAGGAUAACUCGCUCUCCAUUCGUGAUCUCAUUGCCACGUCUCCAAGCACAGGGAACGAGUCCAACCAGCCGAGACGAAGCAUCGAUGUACAUAUCCACGCGAUCGUCGCGCCGGCUUCGCUAUCGUCUUUGGCGUCAUUGACUCGAGGUAACAAUGACUCUAACAACAAUGAGAACGGCUCUACUCGACGCGUUGAGGCACCAUCUACGCCUCCAAUCGGACGCUCCUUCGGCUUUGAAGACAAUCAAGACGAGGCCGACCAUAGUCGCGUCCCUCUAUUGGGCGGCUAUCGUCAUCGCAGUCACUCAAGCGAGUCGACUCAGCAACGACGUGCAGUGGCCCGUGAACUGGACGAUUUCUUGUCGGAUGAUUUCUUCGGAACAUCGUUCGGCCAUGAAGAGGAAGACAGCGAUGAUGAGUCUGGUCCUUCUGAUGCUGUGCAGUCGACGUAUCGUCCUCCGUCGCCGUCCGGUAGAAUUUCCUCGCCGAGAACUCCUCAAAGUGAAGGGAGUUCGCAGUUUUCUAGUGGCUCAAUCGGCGUGAUCCCUGAAGUUGCUGCGGCUGAGGAACGACUGCGAGCUCGAGAAGCUGAACAAGCGGCAAGUCAAAGAAGCGAAGAUAAUGGUCGAACAUCGUCUGCUUCGGCCGCAUCUUCUUCGAGUUCGUCGGGGUUUCCUACCUUUCUGGAAGUGAUGCGACGUACUCUCAGUGGCGUUCGAAACUUGGUCCACAACGAGGCCAGCAGUCCAUCAGAGAGGACUAACAAUUCAGUGGAAAUGGUGUCGAGUUUCUCGUUGCCUUCCUUGCCGUCGUCGUCGUCGGUUUCCUCUGCGUCGUCGCUGCCCACGCCGCCAGUGUCCCCAGUAUUCAAUUCCUCGACCGAGAACUCUAUGAGCCGUCCUCGUAGUCCGAGUGACAGCAGUAUCGACGAGGAACUGGACUUGGACGAAGUGGACUAAAGGCCAUUUUAUUGUCGUAGUUUUGUGAUACGACGCGAAAUACUUCGCUGCAAAUGGCGGAGUUGUAUAUUGAAUAACGGUUUUUUUUUUUAUGGUGUACCAGA